CACCGGGAGCCGUUCCCGGCGCUGAGCGCGCAGCCGCGCGUGGGCACCGGGAGCGCCGGAGCUCCGCACGGAGAGAGGGAGGGAGGGAAGGAAGGAGGGACAGCAGCGUCCCCGCGUCCCUGCAUCGCCCGUCCCCGGCCUGCCGGAUGCUGCCGGGGCAGCGGCGAGCCGAGGCGCUGCGGGGCUCCCGGCUGCAGAUGUGCUGUGGUAACCCGUGCCCUGCCAGCAGCUCCUGCCUGCCUUAGCCAGCAUCCUGCCAGCCAUGGCCUCAACGCCCCAGUGAGGGACAAAAGGACAAACAGCAAGUGUCCCCAACAGUGCCACAUCCCCUGGGAGAGCCAUGGAGGCCCCUCUGGAUGUGCCUGUAGGGAACCUCAUUGACUUUGACAGCGAAACGCCCGCCUGUGACCCCUCAGAGCCGGCUCCUCCCGCUGCCCCCAGCGACAACGGCCACCGAGGGGAUGACAACGGUGACACGGGGGACACAGGGGAUGUGGCUGCGGAGGAGAGCGAUGCCACUGAGUCGGCAGACAGCGAGAACGACAUGGGGGGCUCUCCCCAGCACUGGGGCGGCCCCCGGCGCUCCUCAUCCAACGAGUCCCUCUCGUCCGGCCAGAGCGCGGAGUCGGCGCCGCGGGACGAGCGCAGGGAGUUCAUGCGGAGUUAUGUGGAGAAGAUCUUCACUGGGGGAGAGGAUCUGGACCAAGAGGAGAAGGCCAGGUUUGGGGAGUUGUGCAGCAGCGAGGACGGGAAGGGCAGGGAGUGGUUUGCCAGAUACGUGAGCGCCCAGCGCUGCAACUCCAAGUGUGUCUCAGAGCAGACCUUCUACCGCCUGAUGCAGUCCUUCGCCCUCGUGCUCUUUGAGUGUCACCAGAUGGAUGAUUUCAGCCCUGCCAAGAACCUCAUGACCAUGUGCUUCACCUAUUACUACAUAGGGAAGCCCCAGGCCCUGCCCCUGGAGGCCAAGGAGAAGCCCACGGGCAGCAUCGACUCGUACCUGAAGUCAGCCAACACGUGGCUGGCUGAGAAGAAGGACAUUGCAGAGAGGCUGCUGAAAAACACCUCAGCCAAGACAGAGAACGUCAAGGGCUUCUUUGGGGGCCUGGAGACCAAACUGAAGGGUCCUGGCAGCAAAAAGAGCGAAGAAGGUGAAGACAAACCAAAGGAGAAGCUGAAGAAGACAGAGUCCCUGCAGAGCCCAGAGGAGGAGAAGAAAGGGGAGAAGAUCUACCUGUACAUGCACCUCAAGCAGCAGCCGAUCUGGCACAACCUCCGUUUCUGGAACGCCGCCUUCUUUGACGCCGUGCACUGUGAGCGCAGGAAGAGAUCCCCCACCACCAGAGGGAACCCUGGGGAGGAAGAGGAGAAGAGGGAGAAGUGGUGCCACAUGACGCAGGAGGAGCGCGACGACAGCCUGCGCUUCAACGAGAACAUCACCUUCGGGCAGCUGGGCACCUUCAUCCACAACAUGCUGGCCUUUGGCCUCAACAAGAAGCUUUGCAGUGACUUCCUGAAGAAGCAGGCGACCAUCGGCAACCUGGAUGAAGAGCAAUACAAGCUGCUCAGUGACCACAUCGAGCAGAUGGCCCCGGAGUAGCUGCUGGGCAGAGGCAGAGACGGCGGCCGGCCAGGUGGGGAGGGAGAGGAGCCCACCCCGGGGCUACCUGAGACUGCAGCUGGGCUACCGACAAACCAAACCACACCACGAGCUGCAAUAAAACCUGCAUGAUCGUCCAUCAAACUCUAGAGCUGCCCCAGGGCAGCCUGUAGACAUAGGAGCCAAGCAGCCCCCGCCCUCGCCAGACCCUCCCGCCUCUAUUGUCGGAGUAGACGCUCCCAAAAGUGAAUAUGGUUGGUUAAAAAGCAAAACAAAACACGAGGGGAAGGCAGGAAGAGCGUGGCAGUGCAGCCCCCAGGUGCUGUGUGUGCAGCAUGCCCAUGAUGAGGGCUCUGGUGGUAAAUCCAGAGGGGUCCAAGGCUGCCUUUCCCUGCUGGAGUCCCCUCGCUGAUGAUGCUGGAGGUGAUGGCAGGGACCACAGCCAGGAGCUGGGGCUGCCCCCAGCCACCCCUCAGUCAGGUUCUGUGCUGUCUGCAGGGUGGCACCACUGCCUGGGGACAUGGGCAGGGUGGCACCUUGCUGGGGACAGAGGUGGGGAUGGCAGAGCGCUGCUGCCACCCUCCCUGGGAGCUGGAAGGAAAUCCUUCCCUUGGGAAGCCUUCACCGUGCUGCCUGUGUGGGUUUGCACCUCUGGGCAGAGGCACAGCACUUUGCUCCAUAUCAUUAGCCUGGAUCAGUAGGAAAAAAGCCAUGGCCUUGGGCAGGAUUGCAGGCAGAGGCAGAGGAGCUCUGCCUGCCUUGGGAGGAGAUGACAAAAAUCCCUCAUCCCUCUCCCUGCUGCCCUGUCAGUGCGGGGAUGCUGCUGCAUUGUGACAUUUCCCAAAGCCUCCCGGCAUCCUGUGGCAGUAGAUUAAUGUCCUCCUUCCCCAGGCUGCUCCUCUCUGCCCCCUCCUUUGCUCCAGCUGCUCAUCCAUCAAACCUGAACCAGCCCUGUCCAAAGGACACCUCCUGCUCUGCUCCAGGGGCUGCAGAUCUGUUUUAUCCCUUGGGCCUUGGCAUGGUGUUUGCAGAGAGGCUGGGGACACAGGGACAUCUCUGGGGACACAGGGACAUCGCUGGGGACACGAGGCCAUCACUGCUCCCCUCUGCAAGGAGCAGAAACUCCCAGCCCUGCACAGCCAAGGGUCCAACAGUCUCACCCCAAAAACAUCAUCCUAAAAUACAAGUCCAGGUUUCCAACAAUCCCUUUUCCCUGUAUCCCAUAGGAAAUAGCAUAAAAGGAUAAUUUUUCCAUCUAGUUCUUGGCUUCUGGUGUAAUUUCCAAGCAUCAAAGUGAUGCUUUUACCUAAGCUGGGCUUCCCUUGCUGCUGGGGAUGGGAUCCGUGCUGCGUCUUGUAGGAAGGACAAAUCCAGCACCAAUUUUUCCUUGGCCAUUCCCAAACCUGGGCAGAGUCAAUGAAGAAGGGUUUUUGUUGAGGUCAGGGGCUGAUGUUGGUCCCUCAUCCCCAAAAACCCCUUCCUGCUGGAUAAAAUGUGCUGCACCAUGAGCAGCUCCUGGAGCAUCCCAUCCCCGUGGCCUUCCCUGUCUCUGUCUCCACUCAGGUCUUUCCCAAAUCCUCCUUCAUUUCUUUAUUAUUAUUAUUAUUAUUUUUUCCAACAUGAAAAGAAAGGUUCAGCGCUGAAGUAUAUAUAUAUAUUAUUUGCAUGUGUAUUUUUCUAUAAAAACAAUUAAAAUCCAAUAAAAAAUAGCCAUAAACCCUCCCUGACUGGGACUGUGUGAAGGAUGGGAUGUGAGAGAGAGAGAGAUUGGAAUAAAUUAUCUUAGAAAUGAA